AUGUUUCGUUUUCAAGGAGUCGAGUCCUGUGUCCGGAUCUGCGAGGAGUAUAAAGAGGCAGGGAUGAUUACUUUCGAUCAUGUUACUGAACGCGCCUUCCAACUUUAUUUUGACAAGCGCGAAUAUCGCACGACCUUGGGGAACUGGAAAACCUAUGACUAUGACUCGCAAACGAUCAACAUUAUGCCUGAAGGCUUUCAGCACGCUACCACUGCUUGGGAGUUCGGACAGCUUCUUACUCGAUGGGCCCCACAACACGAACGGAAUCUACUCAGAGCGUGCGGAACAGCAAAUUAUCCUUUGAAUACACGAACCAAGAAACCCGAUGGUGCCUGGCAACCCCGAGACGACCAGAAUAGGUGGCCAAGCCUGGUUGUUGAAGUCGCGAAGACAGAAUCCCAAUCAAGCCUCAUGGACGAUGUUCGGUUCUGGAUCUGUCAAUCCGAGCGAAACGUCCAGGUAGUUCUCUCAAUCAAAAUCAAGCCUGGCUCAAUCGAUUUCAAGAAAUGGAAAUACAACCCGAAGAACCCCGAGCAGCCGGCUUGUACACAAUAUAUGAAGAUUGUGAGAGACGCUUCUCUCACUUCGAGCAAAGUUGGAGCAGCGAACCCGAACCGUUUCUUCUUCUCCUAUAAAGAGCUCACCCGAAAGAGCGAGGAGCCUGGCCAGGAUUGCUCGGGUUUCACAAUUACCAAAGAGCAGGCAAUUCAACUGGCCGAAACUAUCUGGUCGGUAUAG